GCCCGGCACGGUGGCUCUCCGGGAAAUCCGGCGAUACCAGAAAUCCACGGAGCUGCUGAUCCGUAAACUGCCUUUCCAACGCCUGGUGAGGGAGAUCGCCCAGGAUUUCAAGACCGAUUUGCGCUUCCAAAGCGCCGCCAUCGGCGCGCUGCAG